GCUAAAUCUAAAGCAGGAAGUACCAGUGACUCGCUCAACACAGAAGUGGUCAGAUGGCGCGGAUGCUACGCUACAGGACUGUUUUGCUAUCACAGACUGGAAUAUGUUCCGGGAUUCAUCCAAUGGCAUUGAGGAGUAUAGCACCUCAGUCAUCGGCUUCAUCAAAAAGUGCAUUGACGACGUCGUCCCCACAGUGACCAUGCGCACAUAUCUCAACCAGAAGCCAUGGAUUACAGACAACAUCCGCACCGUGCUAAAGGCUAGAGCUACCGCUUUCAAGGAGCGGGACAGUAAUCCGGAGGCCUAUAAGAAAUCCCGCUAUGCCCUCAGACGAACCAUCAAACAAGCAAAGCGUCAAUACAGGAUUAAGAUUGAAUCCUACUACACUGGCUCUGAAGCUCGUCGAAUGUGGCAGGGCUUGAAAACUAUUAUGGACUACAAAGGGAAACCUAGACGCGAGCUGCCCAGUGAUGCGAGUGAUGCGUAAAAUGCCUUUUAUGCUCGCUUCGAGGCAAGCAACACUGAAGCAUGCAUGAGAGCACUAGCUGUUCUGGAUGACUGUGUGAUAACGCUCUCAGUAUCCGAUAUGAGCAAGUCCUUUAAACAGGUCAACAUUCACAAAGCUGCGGGGCCAGAUGGAUUACCAGGACAUUUACUCAAAGCAUGCACGGACCAACUGGCAAGUGUCUUCAUUGACAUUUUCAACCUCUCCCUGACCGAGUCUGUAAUACCUACAUGUUUCAAGCAGACCACCAUAGAACCUGUGCCCAAGGAAGUGAAGGUAACCUGCCUAAAUGAUUACAGCCCUGUAGCACUAACGUCAGUAGCCAUGGAGUGUUUUGAAAGGCUGGUCAUGGCUCACAUCAACAGCAUCCUCCCGGAUACCCUAGACCCACUCCAAUUCGAUUACCGCCCAAACAGAUCCACAGAUUACGCAAUCUCAAUCGCACUCCACACUGCCCUUUCCCACCUGGACAAAAGGAACACCUAAGUGAGAAUGCUGUUCAUUGACUACAGCUCAGUGUUCAACACUAUAGUGCCCAUGAAGCUGAUCACUAAGCUAAGGACCCUGGGACUAAACACCUCCCACGGCAACUGGAUCCUGGACUUCCUGACGGGCCACCUCCAGGUGGUAAGGGUAGGAAACAACAUGUCUGCCACGCUGAUCCUCAACACAGGGGCCCCUCAGGGGUGUGUACUUAGUCCCUCCUGUUUUCCCUGUUUACCCACGACUCCAACACCAUCAUUAAGUUUGCUGACGACACAACAGUGGUAGGACUGAUCAACGAUGAGAGAGCCUAUGGUGCCAGGACAACAAUCUCUCCCUCAAUGUGAGCAAGACAAAGGAGCUGAUCAUGGACUACAGGAAAAGGCGGGCCGAACAGGCCCCCAAUAACAUCAAUGGGGCUGUAGUGGAGCGGGUCGAGAGUUUCAAGUUCCUUGGUGUCCACAUCACCAACGAUCUAUCAUGGUCCAAACAUACCAAGACAGUCGUGAAGAGGGCACGACAAAACCUUUUCCCCCUCAGGAGACUGAAAAGAUUUGGCAUGGGUCCCCAGAUCCUCAAAAAGUAAUAUAGCUGCACCAUCGAGAGCAUCCUGACAUCCUGACUGGCAUCAUCGCCUGAUAUGGCAACUGCUCGGCAUCUGACCGUAAGGCGCUAAAGAGGGUAGUGCGUACGUCCCAGUACAUCACUGGGGCCAAGCUUCCUGCAAUCCAGGACCUAUAAAAUAGGCAAUGUCAGAGGAAAGAAAAUAAAAUUGUCAGAUACUCCAGUCACCCAAGUCAUAGACUGUUUUCUCUGCUACCACACGGCAGCGGUACCGGAGCGCCAAGUCUAUGACCAAAAGGCUCCUUAACAGCUUCUACCACCAAGCCAUAAGACUGCUGAACAAUAAAUCAAAUGGCCACCGGACUAUUACAUUGACUUACCCCUUCAUUUGUUUUGUGCACUGCUGCAACUCGCUGUUUAUUAUCUAUACAUAGUAAUUUCACCCCUACCUACAUGUACAAAUUGUCUCUAACCUGUAACCCCGCACACUGACUCGGUACCGGUACCCCCUAUAUAUAGCCUCGUUAUUGUUAUGUUAUUGUGUUACUUUUUCUAAUUUUUUCUUUCCUUUAUUUGGUAAAUAUUUUCUUAACUCUUCUUGAACUGCACUGUUGGUUAAGGACUUGUAAGUAAGCAUUUCACAGUAAGGUGAGCAAGUAUUCGGAGCAUGUGACAAAUACAUUUUGGUUUGAUUUGAUUUGAAGGGGAUGAGACAGGUUAAAGAAGGAUUUUUAAGCCUUGAGACACUUGGAACAUGGAUUGUGUAUGUAUGCCAUACAGAGGGUGAAUGGACAAGGCAACAGAUGUGUGCCUUUGAACGGGGUAUGGUAAUUGUAGGUGCCAGGGGCACCAGUUUGUGUCAAGAACUGCAACACUUCUGGAUUUUUAACGCGCAACAGUUUCCCGUGUGUAUCAAGAAUUGUCCACCACCUAAAGGACAUCCAGCCAACUUCGCACAACUUUGGGAAGCAUUGGAGUCAGCAUCCCUGUGGAAUGGUUUUGACACCUUGUAGAGUCCAUUCCCCGACAAAUUGAGGCUAUUCUGAGGGCAAAAGGGGGCUGGCGUUUGGAGGCAGGGGGGGUAACUCAAUGUUAGGAAAGUGUUGCUAGUGUCUGGUAUAUCAAUUUAAGUCUGCUUUGCUAUUUCAGAAAAGGAAUGUAGUUGCCUAUGAAUGCAAUAGCUCCUUCUUACCACUGAAUGGGGUGAAAGCACUGCCAAAGGCAGCUCCUAUCAACAUUUCAUGUUGGGGAUGUCAACAGGUAUCUCUCCACUCUUCACACAGUGAUUAGGGAUUCACCAUUCAUGCUCCUCCAGACUACAGCUGUAAGAAUUAUACCAUAACCUUACAAUCUUAAUUAUCCCAACAAUUUGUUUAUAUAUUGUUAACAACUUUGGAUUUCCUCAUGCGGUCAGGGUCCAGGUAUGUCAAUAUGAAUGAGGUCAGUUUGAGUAUCUGAUGUGUUGGAGGUGGUGAUGUUUCCCAGUUUGACUCAAAAAGCACCUCUCUUUCAUUUUUUAAUGCAGAUGUUGUUCAAUCUGACAGUGUUUAGACAUCAAAAAUAAGGACUGCACGAAGGCACAGAUAGACAUUACAUAAACCUAGACUUGCAAUGCAAAGGUAUGUCUGUGUUUUUAAGCCGGAGCUCAGCCCCAACCCAACCUCCAACUCCCAUCUCGGUACCAUUUCUCAGGGGUUUUUCCUUUCUUUCCUUUCUCCUCACUCUCUCUCUCCAUUGUCCCAGCUUCCUCCCUUCCUCCCUGCUCUCCCCAGCCCCUCGGCCCUCAGCCCAUCCUCACAUGGAACAGUUGUAUCCGGUUACUCUGUAUUGUGCUGCGGCUCAAUAGGAGCCCUGUUCAGUGUGAUAGUGAGUGUGUGUGGGUUCACCCCUAGCUAAACUUUCCAUUGUAGCUAAUCAGGUCAGACAGGACAGGGCCUUUAAAGAGGAUGCUGUUGCUGUACUGAGAUUGGAAGCAUAACAGGCAGUAGAGACUAUCUGUGUGACUUCUCAGUUUGCCCUAGCAUUAUUGGUCCGUCAUUGAUGUGCUGGCAUUGAUUUUUAGUAUAACGUUAAUCUAAUUAAUAUACGUCUAUUGUAUUAUAUAUUUGUGCCAUACUUGUUCAGUUGGUGGUGUAUCAUUACGAUGAUGGGAUUUUUUGUAAGCCUCCAUUUUUGUCAAUUGGUGAAGGAGCUGAGAAAUAAGACAUAUGGGAUUACAAUAUAUGACGGGAUUAUAAUGAUGAUAUAUUUUAUCUAUCAUGGCAAGACUUCAAAUUUUGUACCCCUCUAAGGUGUCACAUUGCUCUCUACUAGUGGAUCCUUUUGAUUGGAUACAUCCAUGAUGGCUCCGCCCAAUACACAUAUAUUCUGAGCCAGUCCCUCGUCCCCUUUGGUGACACAGCCCAGCUCACCUGAGGAUUCUCAUAUAGCCAUAACAGUCACCUGUACCAUCAGGGUCAGAACCCAUCACACCACAAACAACUUUCACAGGACCUGCUUCAGCACACAUACAUAUCGCAGCAGAAACGCACCAUGUCCUCCACCUUCUCCAUGCGCAGCUACUCAGCCCGCCAGCCAUCCUUCUCCAGCAUGUCUCUGAGAGACAGCAGUAGUAGUGGUGGCAGGAGCCGCUCCAAAGCCCCUGUCUCCUCCCUGUCCUCUGCCAACACCCUGUCCCUCUCCCGCUCCCUCUCCAUGGGCAACGGGCUCAAUGUUCUGGGCGCCCUCUCCUCCCUGAACAGCAUGGGCGUGGGCGCCAGCGACAAGGAGACCAUGCAGGGCCUGAACGACCGGCUGUCCAACUACCUAGACAAGGUGCGCUCCCUGGAGCGAUCCAACGCUGAGCUGGAGCUCAAGAUCAAACAACUGAUGCUGGAGCGGGCCCCCAAAGGUCACGAUAUCGAGGGUAUGAUGGCCCAGGCUCACGCCAUUGGACAGGAGGUGAGAAAGAAGACCCUGGAGAAUGCUCGCAUCAUGCUGGAGAUUGAUAAUGCCAAGCUGGCCGCCGAUGACUUCAGGGUCAAAUGGGAGGCUGAGGCCACACUGUGCCAGUCUGUAGAGAGGGACUGUCUGGCUCUCAGGAGGGCCAAGUCAGACCACGACCAGAUCAUAGCCACCCUGAGAGGAGAUCUGGACAGCCUGAAGGAGGAGCUCUACUUCCUCAAGAAGAAUCACGAUGAGGAGAUGGGCUCCAUGAAGGCCCGUAUGGCCAACGAGCAGGUGAAUGUGGAGGUGGAUGCAGCCCAGGGCCCAGACCUUGGGGCCAUAAUGGCUGAGCUGAGGAGCCAGUAUGAGGGCAUUGCGCGUAAGAACAAGGAGGACUCAGAGACCUGGUACCUUAAGAAGCUGGAGUCAGUGCAGUCAGAGGUAAAGGAGAGCGGUGAGGCGCUACGCUGUGCUCAGAGUGAGCUCAGCGAGAGACGCCGCUUCCUACAGGCCCUGGAGGGGGAACUGGACAGUCUGCGCAAACAGGUGGGUGUGUUGGAAGGGAACCUGAGAGAGACAGGCCAUAAGUAUGCUCUGGAGAUGGACAGUUUGCAAGCCACGCUGUCUCAGCUGGAGGAGGAGCUGUCCCAGCUGCGUCUGGACAUGCAGCGCAACAAGACAGACUAUGAACAGCUGCUCCGUAUCAAGCAGAACCUGGAGCUGGAGAUCGCCACCUACAGGAGACUGCUGGAGGGAGAGGAAGUGAUCAAGGAAAUGCCUGUUCCUAAAAAGGAGCCUGAGGUGAGGACCAGGAAGAUCGUCAAGGUGGUCACCCAGACCAUGAUCAACGGCAGGGUAGUGGAAGAAUCCAGUGAGGUGGAGCAGAUCAAAGACAGCAAGAAAUAAGCUGAUCAGCUCCAUUCUUUUAUAUCUUCCUCAUCAUCACAUACACAGAGCCUUGGCCCUCCACAUUCUAGUUGGAAUCACAAAUUUGUGAAAGAAUGCUUUUUAUCUACAAACAAGGACAGUCUGAGUCAACUAAGGAGAUGUUCGACCACCAAUCUCUGGACAUGCAGUAACUGUAGACUAAAACGUGGAAAAUGUGUGGGGUCAAUGUAUAAUCAAUAUUGGGAAUAUAUCAUUUUGAGGUUUAUUUGGGAAAUAGUAAACAGUAGUAGGUUAAUUGUGGAUUAGAAGUGUGUCUAUUUUUAUAUGAGCGGGAGAGCAUGAGAGAUCCCUUCAACAGUCUACUUUAUAUUAAGUUCUUUAUGGCAUAUAGUAACUUUGUAGCUAUGCUGUACAUUCACCAAAAUGUAAUUAUGCCUAUAUUGUAGCGCAGAUAAAGUUUCUAAAAUAA